AUGAACAACGACGCUGCGAAUCCUAAGCGGCGCUUCACACGCGCUGAGGCAGCGUCAGCAACGGCGGUGAGCGGUGGGAUUCCUGCCGAGGUGCUGGAAGACCCGCUGCUGAAUGCGGCUAUCGAUAGCUUGCUACCGAGCAACUACAAUUUUGAAAUCCACAAGACAGUGCAUCAGGUGCGCAAGUAUGGCGCCACCUGUGUCGCACUGCAAAUGCCGGAAGGCCUAACAAUGUGGGCCACAGCCAUUGCAGACAUCCUGGAACGAUUUACAGGUGCUACCUCGGUGAUUAUGGGCGAUGUGACAUACGGCGCAUGCUGCGUCGAUGACUAUACGGCCAUGGCGCUAGGCUGUGAUAUGCUAGUUCAUUACGGCCACAGCUGCCUUGUACCUGUCGACCAAACCAUGAUUCGUACCUUGUAUGUGUUUGUCGAGAUCCAUGUGGAUACCGAGCAUUUGAUCAAUACCAUACGUUUGAAUUUGCCCAGCAUCCAAGGGCUAUUCCAACGAUCGGUAUUGACAGCACCGGACCACCGCAGUGCAAACGCCGCGGUUGAGGUUGAAGUAGCCCCUGACGACACACCCAAACCUACACACUUGGCCUUGGUCGGCACAAUUCAGUUUGUGGCUGCCAUCCAGGCGAUCCGCGAGUCGCUGACCACCGACAGGGGGGACGAGACUCGACUGGCCAUUGCGGCGUCGAACGAAGCCAGCGAAACUCAAGCGCUUCCAGCUUCAGCAUCAGGUGCUUACACCAUCACAGUCCCACAAAUCAAGCCACUAAGCCCAGGCGAAAUUCUAGGGUGUACUUCGCCUACACUCCCCAGCGAUGUUGAUGCUGUUCUGUAUGUGGGUGAUGGUCGUUUCCAUCUAGAGUCGAUUAUGAUCGCAAAUCCGGACGUACCUGCCUUUCGGUAUGAUCCGUACACGAAACGACUCCAGCGUGAAUUGUAUGAUCAUGCGUCGAUGCGCCGGCUGCGUAAAAAAGCCAUUGGCGAAGCGCAAGCGACAUUGCAGCAAGGCGCUACGGCAGCAGCAUCGUGGGGUUUGGUGCUGGGCACGUUGGGUCGUCAAGGCAGCACCCAAGUCCUCGAGUAUCUCGGCACUACACUGCGUGAGCGUGACGCAAAUAUACCCCAAGUACCUAUUUUGCUCUCGGAGCUCUCACCGCAGAAAGCGCAAUUGUUCGGCCCGCAUUUGUCGGUGUUGGUCCAAACCAGUUGUCCGCGUUUAUCGAUUGAUUGGGGCUCUGCGUUCCCGAAACCGCUGCUGAGCCCGUACGAGGCAGCUGCAGCUAUGGGCCGCGCCCCAUUGUGGACAGAUGCCUCGGAGGAUCUGGGUAUGAUUCGUUUCCCCGGCGCGCGACACGACACGGACCAAACAGAACGCACAGACUACCCUAUGGACUUCUAUGCGAAUGCCUCUUUAGGCCCAUGGACGCCACGUCAUGGUCUGGGCGUCGUCAAGAAAGGUGGACGCAACCGCGCCUUGUUACAAUCGCUGGGCGUCCUGAAAAAGACGAGCACAUAG